GUUUCCCCAAAUAUCAUUCAUUUUCUGAAAUUUUUACUUCGUUAUUUUCUUAUUUCACGAACAUUAGGAUUUCCACUUCCUUUUUUCUGUGAAGAAAACGAUUGUUGUUUGUUAGAGAUGGGAAGGAACUCAGCAAAAAGGAUCUUUAAGAUUCCUGGAAGAUGGCAACCCUACACACCAGUGGGAGAUCAAAUUGCUGGCACGCGCUUUAUCAGUUUUAAAGUUCCACUGAAGGAGGAGUUCAACAUCAAUCUCUCAGAAGUAGAAAGAUUCACCCCGAAAGACCUAAUUGCCAAAGUGUCGGAGAAAAGUCUUCAGCUUGGCCUUGUCAUCGACUUCACCUACACUGACCGAUAUUAUGACAGCAAAGAAAUAAUGGAUGCCGGCGUGGAGUAUGAAAAGAUCAAGACUGUCGGGCAUAAUAUUCCUGACAGGGAGAUAGUAGAGAGAUUCACUUCUGUUGUGCAAAAGUUCUUAGAAGAUAAUGCAGAUAAUGAAAAAUUAAUUGGUGUUCACUGUACACAUGGUGUUAAUAGAUCGGGCUAUAUUUUAUGCAGGUACAUGAUAGAUCAUCUUGGGUUAGAGCCAGACGCAGCCAUAGAGGCUUUCAACAAAGCAAGGGGUCACGAUUUGGAAAGGGAGAAUUACCUGUGUGAGCUGAGAGGGGGGACUGCAGUUGAAAUCGAGGAAGUUGAGAGGAUGAUGGAAGAAAAGCAUCUUAAGGAAAUGAAGCCAAAUCGUACGCCAAAGAGAAUACGAAAAACUCCUCCGCCUCCUAGAACUGAUAAAAAAAAGCGUCCCCCUCGUCAUGUUCGAUUGCAAAGCUCAAACGAAGGCUGGUCUGAAGGUGGCAGUGACCGCACACAGGGUUUGGGAAUGCGUGGACGAGAUAGGGGUAACCAGGGUCGAGGCUUUGGCAACCAUAGGCAACCUUGGGGUCAUGAUGCGUAUGACAGGCAUGGGGCAUACAGUCACCAGAGAGGAGGUUGGGGUGACAAUGGACCAGGUUUGGGUGAUAGUGGAUCAGGUUUUGGUAGACCAGGACCAAUGUACCGUAACCCACAACGUGGUUGGGGUGGCCAGAGAUCUGGUUUCCAUCCCACUAGUCAUAGUUUGGGUGAGGAAGCGCCUGCUUGGGAUAACCAAGGAUGUGGUUUUGGUGAAUCGGGUUUUGGUUGGGGUAACCAAGGUUCUCGUUUUGGUAAGCAAGGUCCUGGUUUAGGUAACCAAGUUCCUGGUUUGGGUCACCAAGUGCCUGGGUAUGGUAAUGCAUAUCACGAUUGGGGUAAGGACAUUGGAUUUGUAGACUCUGAUCAGGAAAGGAUAAAAGAAGCAAUGAAAGAAGGUUUUCAAAUGGGAGUAAAAAGUGCAUUGAAUAGAGGAUUGAGUCGUAGUACGGAAGGUUUACCAAGAAGUCGUGACAGAAAUGUUGAGAUUGGAAGGCGGAGGAGUGGUGAGGAGCGAUGGUGAUAGAAAGUGAAUCCAAGAACUGUCAAUUGACUCCUUGCUAUCAAGUUUAUGCUUGCUGUUAACUGUGAAGUGGUAUUGUUUCAUGGUUCAUGGAGGUUUUAGUAUGAUUUUAUCACAUUUAUGUUGGUGUCACAUGGGAUGGUACAGUCAUGUGUAAUCUGUGCGCAAGAAUAUACAAUGGGGAAUUAAUAA